AUGUUUGUCCGCAAGAAAUUUGCGGAUUUUGAGACCCUAGAAUUUCUCCUUCUUAAAAAUCUCCAUUUUUCAGCCUCCAACAAAAAGAAGCGUCAUCGCCGCAGUUCGAGCUCUUCCACCUUUUCAUCCGCCCCUAGCCACAAAUCCUCCAUUAACGACGACUCCCCCAAAUCCCCUUCCCCAACAAUUAUAAUGAAUGAGGAGGUGAAGGAAGAAGAAAAAUUGAAAGAGAAGGACGAAAAGGAGGAAAUAUUUGAUGAGAAUAUAGAAUUAAUAUAUGAAGAUUAUAAUGUUAGGGAGGAGGAAGAAGAAAAAGGGAAAAAUGAGGAGGAAUGUACACGUUUAAAGUUGCUGGAGAAAUUUGAAUUGAAGAGGAAGGAGAGUGAAAAUGUAAAGAAAUUUUGA